AUGUCCUACAACUGCUGCUCUGGAAACUUCUCCUCCCGCUCCUGUGGGGGCUACCUGUGCUACUCAGGCUACUCCUGUGGCUCCUCGUACCCCAGCAACCUGGUCUACAGCACUGAACCUUUGAUCUCCCAGCACCUGCCAGCUGGGUUCCUCUCUCUACAAGGGCUUUCAGAAGACCUGCUGGGAAACCCCUAGCU